UAGGGAAGGGAAGUUGGACGCGCAGGCGCACUAGGCUUUUUUUUUCCUUUACACAUUUGGUGUUUCUGCUGUAGUUUAGAUGGGACGUCGUUGCCGCUAUCAUUGGAAGUAAAGAGCGGGAUAGAAGUAGCCUUGAGGAAAAAUGCUCCAUUUUACAGAUGGGUCCCUGAGACAGAAUUAAAGUGGUAUGCCUGAGGAUACUGACACUUUGCCAGAGCAAACAUAAAAGAAAAACUAUGGAAAAACAAGAAAGCAAUAUUGAAGACACUGGAUUAAGAAAUUCAAAUGCAGUGGCUGACAUUUGUGAUAUCCAGCAGCAGGCUUCUGAAGAACUUCUGUUCCACGAAGAAACCAUUGAUCUGGGAGGAGAUGAAUCUGCAUCUGAAGAAAAUGAAAACAUGGCAGAAGAUUCCAGUAACUUCAUAGACAAACUUAGCGAGCACAUGAUGGAAAGCGUUGUGAUAUCUGAUUCUCCAAAUAAUAGUGAAGAUGAUACUGGUGAUCUUGGCUGCCUGCAAGAAAUAGUCAAACAAAUGGAAGCAAACAAUAUUGAAGCAAUGGGAGGAGAGGAGCGUUUAGAGAGAAAUGAAGUAAUUAAAAAUGAGAAUGAAACAAAACUUGAAGCUACUGCCAAAAGUAUUUCUGAUUCGAGAAUUGACUAUCAGUCCUCUUUAAAUGAAAAUCUGAUUCAGAUAUCAGCAAAAAAUGAACUGGAAGCAGAAUGUGACAAACCUCUAAAGUCUCCAUCAAACAUUGUUGAUGAAAGCAAACCAGAGGAAAGUGCAUCUCCUCCAGUUGUCAUUAAAUCACCAAUUGAUUCAGAACCUAUUCCUAUCUGUACCAUCUUUAGCCAGGGAAAUCAUACAACUGGUCAGCAACAGUUUCUGCAUGAUGGCUUUGAGCCUCAAAUGGUGAAGUCACCCAGCCUUGGUGCUGUAAGUGAGACUCCAGUGAAAAUUCAUCCACAAGUGGUUCAGCCUAGUCCAAGCCUAAGCAAUUUUUUUGGGGAAGCCAUCAGUACUAAUACAUUAGCUUCUGAUUUUUUUGAUUCCUUUACUACAUCAUCUUUUAUUUCGGUCAGUAACCCCAAUGCAAGCACAUCUGUACCAGAGCAAAUGUCUUCUCUUGUAACAGUUGGGGAAUUGCAUGACUCCGCUAACCAUAAAUAUUCUCUUAAAAAUGGAAGAUCAGAACCUGGGAAAUCUGCAUCUUCUCCAGAAAUAUGUCAGUCUCCAAAGCCAUUUUCCCAGAUUCAAGCUGUUUUUCAAGGUGGUGAUGACCCUUUUGCCUCUGUGCUGAACAUGAGUGAGAUGGACAGAAGAAAUGAUGCCUGGCUUCCUAGUGAUGCAACUAGGAGUGUGUUGAUUUUAGUAACCACCCAGCCAUAUAAUAAUAUUUUCAUGGACAAGGAGAAUGUGACCAUGCCGGGAUUAAAAUUUGACAAUAUUCAGGGUGAUGCAGUUAAAGAUUUAAUGCUCCGCUUCCUUGGUGAACAGGCUGCAGUGAAAAGACAAGUUCUCAAUGCCAACUCUGUGGAGCUGUCUUUUCAGGGCUUAAAGCAGUUGAUUAGCACCAAAAACUGGAGAGCAGCAGUUGAUCUCUGUGGACGACUUCUGACAGCCCAUGGUCAAGGCUAUGGUAAAAGCGGACUACCCACCAGUCACACAACAGACUCUCUUCAGAUUUGGUUUGUAAGACUAGCGCUCCUGGUAAAACUGGGUCUGUACCAAAACGCUGAAGUGGAAUUUGAACCAUUUGGAAACCUAGACCAGCCUGAUUUAUAUUAUGAAUAUUAUCCCCAUGUAUAUCCAGGGCGCAGAGGGUCCAUGGUUCCAUUUUCAAUGCGGAUUUUGCACGCAGAACUUCAACAGUAUCUUGGAAAUCCUCAGGAGUCACUUGAUAGACUACACAAUAUGAAAACAAUCUGCACAAAGAUUUUAGCCAACUUGGAACAUGGCUUAGCAGAAGAUGGAAGCAUGAUCAACAUUACACAGGAGAACAGGCAAGAGUUAUGGAUCAUGGAGCCCAAGUCACCUAGAAGUCAACACCUGAAGGAGAACCCUUGUCCUUUGUCUGGGAUGCUCCUGCUCUCUGUUCACGCUCCCCUUCGCCACAGCUGCUUUGCUAAGUUGAGCAGAGCUUGGCCAGGGAUGAAAGGCAGCCAGCGGAAGCCGGGGAAGGAGCGAGCUUCAAGCAUCUCCUCUGUUCAGCUGUGGAGGUCACGUCUGGGCCGGGUGAUGUACUCCACAGCAAACUGCCUGCUAAUGAUGAAGGACUAUGUGCUUGCUGUGGAGACAUAUCACACCGUCAUGAAAUAUUACCCAGAGCAAGAGCCUCAGCUGUUGAGUGGAAUUGGAAGGAUUUUCCUGCAGAUUGGAGACAUUAAAAUGGCCGAAAAGUAUUUUCAAGAUGUUGAAAAAGUGGCUCAGAAAUUGGAUGGACUGAAGAACCAAAUUAUGGUUUUAAUGAACAGAGCAUUUCUCCAUCUUGGUCAGAAUAACUUUGCAGAAGCUCACAAAUUCUUCACAGAAAUUUUGAAGAUUGAUCCAUCGAAUGCUGUGGCUAACAACAAUGCUGCUGUUUGUCUUCUUUAUCUGGGAAAACUGAAGGAUUCCCUCCGUCAGCUGGAAGGGAUUGUUCAACAGGAUCCUAAACACUAUCUCCAUGAGAGUGUUCUCUUCAAUUUGACAACCAUGUACGAACUUGAGUCUUCUCGCAGCAUGCAAAAGAAACAGGCUCUACUUGAAGCUGUAGCUGUCAAAGAGGGUGACAGCUUCAACACACAAUGCCUCAAGUUAGGAUAAGCCCAUCCAUUUCUUUUUUGCUAAAGCUCAUUUCAGAAGCUGUAUAUACCUCAGCUAAUCUGUAAAUGUUCCUCCAGCAAGUGCAAUAAAAAAGCUCUUUAAUUAUGAAUAUAUGGUAAAAUUGUUGUAAUAUAGGAAUUUAUACACUGGUCUGUAUAUCAUCCUCGGGAUUUCCUGAUAAUCUACCAUCAAAUUCAUCCCUGAAGUUACUGCCAGCUUAUAGUGUAAACCAACCAUCAAAAGUAUUCAGAUGGAGUUUUUUUCCUGUUAAUAGUGACCUAUAUAAGCUAAUUUGUCUUGAUGGCUUUUGUUCUAAAGACAUUCAGGAUGUAGUGAUUGUGUGUAUAGAAUUGGAGGUCAGUGGGGUGAUGAAUGGAAAAGGUUGCAAUAAAAUAGGAAAUUAUAAAGACA